AUGCAGAGGGGCUUCGGGAUUGUUUGUGUGUCACUCAUCUUUUGCGCAGCUCUGUCUGAGACCAUCGGCUUGGUCAUUGCGGCAAAGGACAAACGUGGCUGGACACUGAACAGUGCUGGCUACCUGUUAGGUCCCCGUCGUAUUGAUCACCUAAUUCAGAUAAAGGAUUCUCCCAGUGCCAGAGGCAGAGACGAGCUGGUCACUCAAUAUGGAAUAGAUGGACACAGGACACUUGGAGACAAGCCGGGUCUGGCUGGCAAGAGGGACAUGAACCAGGAGGAGGACUUCAGAACGGGUGCCCUGAGAAUAGGAGAUAUGGAUAUCAUCCACACUGUCAUUGACUUCCUGUCGUAUCUAAAGCUGAAAGAGAUGGGAGCCUUGGACAGUCUGCCUUCCUCUGUGACAUCAGACGAACUGGCCAAUCCCUGA